UCAUAUGAAAAUAAAACGUUUUAUCCACUGCUCUGUGUCUACGGAAUCCACGCUUGCUUUCGAAGUCUCGCGAUAACACACCGGGGUGAGUUUCAUCUGUCACCUGAGUUUCGGGACGGGAGGAGAACUACAAUAGAUUUGAGGAUGUCUUUGAAUGAAGAGGGUUAUGUGGUUCGGAUCAGAGGACUUCCCUGGUCCUGCACACAGGAGGAGGUGGCCAGUUUCUUCUCAGAUUGCGACAUCAUUGGAAAAGUAAAUGGGGUGUGUUUCACCUACUCUAAAGAAGGCCGUCCCAGCGGCGAGGCUUUCAUUGAGUUGAACACGGCAGAGGAUUUUAAGAAUGCUCUUGCCAAGGACCGCAAAUACAUGGGACACCGAUACGUUGAAGUGUUCAAGUCAAACCGCAGUGAGAUGGACUGGGUGCUAAAACGUAGCGGUCCUGCUGAUUAUGACAGCUCCAGUGGUUGCAUGCUGAGAUUAAGAGGACUGCCCUUUGGUUGCAGCAAGGAGGAGAUUGUCCAGUUCUUUUCAGGGUUGAGAAUCGUGCCAAAUGGGAUUACUCUGCCAGUGGACUACCAGGGGAGGAGCACAGGGGAAGCCUUCGUGCAGUUUGCCUCAAAGGAGAUAGCAGAAAAGGCUCUGGGGAAACACAAGGAAAGAAUAGGGCACAGGUACAUAGAGAUCUUUAAGAGCAGUCGUAAUGAAAUCAGAGCCUACUAUGAUGUUCCCCGGCGGGGAAUUGGGGGUCAGAGGCCGGGCCCUUAUGACAGACCAAUGAUGUCUGGCCCCAGAGGGGGGUUCUUUGGUCCUGGGUCUGGCCGUGCUGGGGGUCUCAUGGACAACAUGAGGAGUGGAGGUGGUUACGGAGGAGGUUACAGUGGCUUCGACAACUACAACGGUUUCAACAACUACUGUUUUGGUAACGGGAUGUUUGAUGAGCGCAUGAGAGGAGAGAGAGGAGGGAGAGGAAUGGGAGGCCAUAGUUACGGUGGAGGUGACGUUGGCUCAGGUUUUCACAGUGGCCAUUUUGUCCACAUGAGGGGUUUACCUUUCCGAGCCACAGAGGGAGACAUUGCUAAAUUUUUCUCUCCCUUGAUUCCACUGAGGGUCCACAUUGACGUGGCUCCUAAUGGCAAGUCCACAGGAGAGGCAGAUGUGGAGUUUCGCUCGCAUGAAGAUGCUGUGGCAGCCAUGUCCAAAGACAAAAAUCACAUGCAGCAUCGUUAUAUCGAACUGUUUCUUAACUCAACGUCCAGCGGAGCAGAAACGAGCCGUGGUGGAGGCGGUUACUAUAGUAACUCGGGAAGUGGAGGCUCACGAAGCAGUGGGCUGCGAGGUUCAUACUGAUGUCACUCCACCUUUCCAUCCAUCCUGGUGUGUGUUUGGAUCUUUUGCGGCCACAUUUUACAGUUUCUAAGCUGGAAAGCUGAUGAAAAGUUGUGAUUUUCAGUUUUAGUAUGACCACCUACAUCCAAUGACAUAAGAAUAUGAAGAACAAAACAGCCUCAGAUAAAAGCUUGGAGAUGUUGUUGGGGCUGAGCAGGGCUGUAUUUGAUAUUUUUAAAUAUAAUUAUAAAUUGGAUACUGUAAUUGUUUUUGGCAAAAGUCACUUAAAUUAUUGACAUGUUGAGGUGAGAUUUUAUCUGGAUCAAAAUUGUAUUUGUUUAUUGUAAAUUAUCCAAACUAAAAACAUAUUUUAAUUGGAUUUCAUAUCAGCUUCUCCGAUUUGAAAGUUUUUUUAAAUGUGAGCCUGUGUGUUUUUGUUGUUUUUUUAAUAAGGAAUGUUUUCACAGUUCAUUACAGAAUUUAAAAUUUAAGUUGAAUAUAAUAUUCCACUUUUGAUGAGUGGAAGUAAAACAAAAUCUCUAUAUUUGAGCUGUAAUAUAGCCUAUGCAGCUGUUGUACAUUUUGCCUAAUAAACUUUGUAUUUAAUUGUC